AUGGUAGGACUCACGCUGUAUGACGUCCUUGCGAUUGCAACUACCGCUUCUACGGAUGAUGUGAGGAGGGCAUACAAACAGAAAGCUCUUGAAACGCACCCUGACAAGCUCGAACCUACCUGUAUCGGAGCAAGAGCGCCGGGCUGCAGAGGGAAGGUUCAGAAAUGUAUGGGUGGUCUGAGCUUGGUAUGCGAGGCAUUUGAGGUGCUAAGUGAUCCAGUGAAAAAGAAGGCCUACGAUGACCGUAUUCAGCUUGCUCAGAAGAACAAGAAACACUGGGAUGAGCAGCACGACAAGCGAGUCAAGACGCGCGAAGAGUGGGCGCGUCAAGUCAAGGAACGCAGCGAGGCUCGUAUGAAAGAACGUGCAGAUUUCUAUGAAAACCUCAAGCGUAUAAAAGAGGAAAAGCAGCGAUACGUGGAAAUGGUUGAGCUAUUCUAUCAAGAACUGCGCGACUGCCACCCAGAGUGGGAAUCGAGGAGGCAGGCUGCGCUACAGUGGAAAGAAAUGGCGGACAAAGGCCAAAUACCACGACGACACACGACUCGCAUUUAGCGAGGCGAACUCAAACGAAUAGUUUGUUCAUUUCAGAGCGUAUUUUGCUUUAUUUAUCUCCCAGCGCUGGAGUUUUUAUUCGCGAUACUGUUGUACUUCUAUGCUU